AGAAAAUGUAAAACAGGCCAUUAGAUUGGAUUUGUAUUGGCUGCAAAAACUUGAAUUAUUCUUUUAGGAAAUACUGUAACCGAUGCAAAACCUUUACAAGAGAUGCUCCAGGAACAAAAUUUAUUCCAUUAGAACAAACAAAUCUAAUUGACUCAUUGAAACUCUCAGAACCUGAUCUAACUGGUAGUGGACAUAGUACUACAGAUAGUGUUGGAAGUAAAGCUCAAGAUCAGACCAUCUUUCAUUAAGCUCUUUUCUUGGAGAAUUUAACACAAAGUAAACAAGAAACGGUUAAUAAGAACUUCAAUUUUAUGAAAAUUUGUACACUAUGUAAAACUGAAAAUUAUUUUUAUCAAUCCAAAUGUAAGCAAUGUGGAUUUAUAAUUGCUUUAUGA